UUUCCGAGCAGCUCCUGAACGCAGCAGGAGCGCAGCUAGCGGUGGAUGAAGGAUCUCCUCCUCCUCCUCAGGACGCGGAUCCAGCUGGAAUCUGGAAACAAAAAUGGGAAACGCGGACACCAAACUUCAUUUCAGGAAAGCGGUGAUCCAGCUGACGACCAAAACGCAGCCCGUCGAGGCCACAGACGACGUGUUCUGGGAUCAGUUCUGGUCAGAACCCAUUGCUACUCAGGAUGUUUUUGCUCUGGUUCCUGCAGCAGAAAUCCGAGCCGUCAGAGAAGAGUCUCCUUCCAACCUGGCGACCCUCUGCUACAAGGCCGUGGAGCGGCUGGUUCAGUGCGCUGACUCCGGCUGCCCCUCGGAGAAGGAGCAUCAGGUCGUGUUGAACUGCACCCGCCUGCUGACCCGAAUCCUGCCGUACAUUUUUGAGGAUGCCGACUGGAGAGGUUUCUUCUGGUCCACCAUCCCUGGAGCCAAAAGAACUGAGGCUUUGGAUGAAGACGAUGAUGUGAAUGAAGCUCGGCCUCUGGCUGAAUCGCUGCUGCUCGCCAUCUCCGACCUGCUGUUCUGUCCUGACUUCACCGUCCAGAGCCACAAAAAGGAAGCAUCGGAAGACAUGCGGCCCAUUGACAGCUGUGAGCUCAUCUGGGAGGCCGGAGUUGGCUUUGCGCAGUCACCGCCUCCAAACUACAUCCAUGACCUCAAUAGGACAGAGCUGCUGAAGCUGCUUCUCACCUGUUUCUCUGAAGCCAUGUACCUUUCUCCUUCCUCUGACUGCAAAGUGUUUGACCCCUGGGUCUCCUUCUUUUGUUCUGCAGAAAACAGACAUGCCCUGCCUCUGUUCACAUCCUUGCUAAAUGUGGUGUGUGCCUACGAUCCAAUUGGAUACGGAUUUCCGUACAACCACCUGCUGUUCUCUGACUACCGGGAGCAGCUGGUGGAGCAGGCGCUGCAGAUCCUGAUCGUUACGCUGGAACACGAGAACAGAUCGGCCGCGAGUGCUGCCCUCCAGGCUUUGGACGCCUCCACACACCUUCCUUCAGAGGAGGAGCCAGAGGUCUUCUUUUCCCAGCCUUCCGGGCCUGACAACCUCUUUGUGAAUUAUCUCUCCAGGAUCCACAGAGAGGAGGACCUGAAUUUCGUUCUGAAAGGUUUGGCUCGGCUGCUCAACAACCCUCUGAUCCAGACUUAUCUGCCUCGAUCAACCAAGAAGAUCCAGUUCCACCAGGAGCUGCUGAUCCUCUUCUGGAAGUUUUGUGACUUCAACAAGAAGUUCCUGUUCUUUGUGCUGAAGAGCAGCGACGUGUUGGAGAUGCUGGUCCCCAUCUUGUUCUACCUGAACGACGCCAGGGCAGAUCAGUCUCGCGUGGGCCUCGUGCACAUCGGAGUGUUCAUCCUGCUGCUGCUGAGUGGAGAGAGAAACUUCGGUGUUCGUCUGAACAAACCCUACACUCUUCGGGUCCCCAUGGACAUUCCUGUCUUCACAGGAACUCACGCCGAUCUGCUCAUCGUGAUUUUUCAUAAAAUCAUCACCUGUGGUCACCAGCGUCUCCAUCCUCUGUUUGACUGCCUGCUCACCAUCAUCGUGAACAUUUCACCGUACCUGAAGAGCCUCUCCAUGGUAGCAGCCAACAAGCUGCUCCACCUCCUAGAGGCCUUCUCCACUCCCUGGUUCCUCCUCACUGCUCCUCAGAACCACAAUCUGGUCUUUUUCCUGCUGGAGGUCUUCAACAACAUCAUUCAGUAUCAGUUUGAUGGAAACUCCAACCUUGUUUACGCCAUCAUCCGUAAGCGCAACGUUUUCCAGCAGCUAGCCAACCUGCCGACCGAUGGGCCGUCCAUUCAGAAAGCUUUACAAAAGAGGAAAAAGUCUGGCAUAGACAACAUUAACUCUACAGAUGAGUCCAUGGAAGGAUCCAGACCUGCUGCCCCCGCUGAACCCGGCACACUCAAAGCCAGUUUAGAGGCCACUCCAGGAAUCGAUAAGAUAACAGAGAGGUCUCAGGUGAGUGAAGACGGGACGAUGAUCACUGUGCCACUUCCACCAUCUGCAGCGAAGCCAGCCGACAGCAACGCCACCCACGGAGUCAGUGACGCCGAGUUGAAGAGAAACCACGAGACUAAACACAAACAGCCAGUGGCAUCAAGGAGUCGAAUGUCGAGCGUCUCAUCGGAGGCAUCCUGGAGCGCCAGCCCAGACUGGAUGUUGUCGUGGAAAUCCAAACUUCCUCUCCAAACGAUCAUGAGGCUGCUGCAGGUUCUGGUGCCUCAGGUGGAAAAGAUUUGCAUCGACAAGGGUCUAACAGAUGAGUCUGAAAUCCUGAAGUUCCUGCAGCACGGCACGCUCGUCGGCCUGCUGCCUGUUCCUCAUCCCAUUCUUAUCAGGAAGUACCAAGCGAACGCUGGCACUGCCAUGUGGUUCCGCACCUACAUGUGGGGAGUCAUCUACCUGCGCAACGUGGAUCCUCCCGUCUGGUACGACACCGACAUCCGGCUGUUCGAGAUUCAGAGGAUUUGAGGAGCUGCGGGUGUUUAUUUCAGCGAUACUGCCUGGUUUAUCCCUCACAUCUGUAAUGAUUCCCCCUACUUAAAAAAUAAAGAAGCUCUAAAUGUGGAAGGAUAUAAUUUUUUAUUUCAUCGACAUUCAAAAUAAAGCAAAUA